AUGAGAAAGAUCGCAUUCGCGGCCGACGGCGUACAGGCCACGAACAUCACCGAUGAGACGGGGGUGACGAUCUUCACAGUCCGUGCUCCUUACGGAUUCGUGCAGAAGACGACCACGCUCCGAGACUCCACCAGCAACAUCGUCGGAGCAUGGGAGCGCAAUCAUGGCACAGACAGGAUCACGAUUCGAGAGAAGACGAUGACGCUAUCCCAGUGGAUGCCUCGGUUCGUCGCGCCCAACGGGCAGAGCUACACCUGGAAGCGGCGCGACGGGGCGUCCGCUCUCAAACUCGUCGACGACCCCAUAGGUUCGACGGUCGCGAGAGCACACCGUGCGUAUCAUGGGCUCCGGGCGUGCACGAUGUGCAUAUACCUUGACGAGGUGCUCUCUCCACCACUCGACGUGUUGCUUCUGCCGUUCGUUGACAACUCGGACGUUCGGCUCUCGUUGCGUAUGGGCUCUGCGUUCCCCACACCGGCGGCACGCCUUGCACCCGCGCCACGAGUGUCGUUCGAGGACGUGACCGUCGGACUGCCGAUGUCCUUAUAA